AUGUCGCGUGGAGGCGUCUUCGACAUCGGGCCAUUCUCUGCGGGUCCGCUGGCCAAGCGUGCCCGGUACGAAGAUGACAGGUCCAAGGGCAAGGGCGGCGGCAAGUUUGGCAAGGGCGGAAAGGGUGGCAAGUUCGGCAAAGGCAAGUCCGGAGGUCAUCCCGGUCCCUUGAGCGUUUUCCGCUCCGGGGCGCCCAAGGGGACGGAGAAGGGCAAAGGUUGGGAACCCCGGCCGCCCUGGGCCAGCCAGGCUCGGGCCGACGCUGCCGCGGAGGACCCUGGACCACUGGACGAAGGCCUGCUUCUGGACAUUCAGGGAUUUGUGGAUGAGCGAGGUGGGCAAGUCGAAGGAGGCCAAAUUGGAGCACAUUUCAAUGGUGUCAAGAAGACGCAGCUCAAGCCGCAUUUCGACAUCGUGGAUGUUGGUGGUGGAAAGUACUGGGUGCGGCAGCAGGGCUUCGAUGGGCCCAUCCCAGAUGACACUGCCAAGCUUGACGCUGUCCUUGCAGCUGAAGGCAUAGAAGAGGAGGCACAGGACAUGCCCGAUGAGCCGCUCGAGGAAGCUGCUGAAGAUCCCUACUUGGCGGACGUUCUCCCUGAGGAGGAUGCACUGGAGCCGCCGAUGGACGACGGUGCGCCAGAGGAGGUUCCGCCGGCCGAGGGGGACGACGACGAGUACACCCAGUCUCUGCUCCGACGUGUGGAGGAGCUGAAGCAAGAGUUGGCUGACGUGUUGGCCGCCAAAGGCCUUCAAGAAGAGGAUCUUCCCUCGAGCAAGUUGAGGCAGAGGCUCCGACCUCGUGGGAAAGGCGGUAAAGGCCCCUGGUCUUGA